AUGGCCGGAUCGGGUGGCUGCGCGGUGGCGCGGGCAGAGCCGCGCCGGAGCAGCAGCGAGCAGGGGAGAGAGGCGCACGAGGCACGCUGCAAGCGGGCGCAAGGUCCGGCGCGGCCGUGGCACCAUGGAGGCAAAGGCGCCGGCGGGGGCGCGCGCGAGCCAUGGCGAGGGCACGGGGCUGCGGGGGGAAGUGCGAGUCAGGGGCGGGGCGCGGCGCAGCACGCGAGCGGGGGGCUGCGGGGCGGCGCGAGCGGGCGCCGGUGGCUGACGGGCAGCGGGGCAGCAGAGCCCAUGCGAGGCCGAGCCAGGGAAGCGGCAGCGAGCGGGACGCGGGUGCGGGGCUGCGCGAGCGAGGAAGGUCCGGGGCGCAGGCGACGCGCGGGUGCCGCAGGGGGCACCGACGGCGUCGGGCGCGGGCGCUGGCGCGGUCUGGCAUUACUAGGCACGCAACAGGGUGCUCGGGGCGCGUGCAGCGCGCGGGCGGGCACGGGUGGUCUGCGCGGUGAGCAGGGGAGCGGAGGGAGGCGGGGCCUCACCGCGGGCGUAGGGUUCGGGGCAACGGGGCACGAGGAGGAAGGCGGAGACGACGCAGCGGAGAGGAAGCAGGCCGGCGAGGUGGCUUCAGCGAGGUCCAGGCGCUCCGGGCGGCGAGCGCAUCGCGGGGACGAUGGGGUCGGGGCGCCGUUACCCUGA